UUUAAUGUUAUCCUUAGACAAGUUAAUUUUUCUCUAUUCGUGACAAGUUCAUUUCGUGAAUCAAUGGAUAAUAUUGAUUCACAAUUUCCAAAUUUCUUAGUUUGAUUUCAUAGUUUUUUAAUUGUGCCAUGAAAAGUUCAUCCUCAUCACUACUUCAUCACCAUCAUCAUUUUCAUCAUCAUGUAUGUGAUUAAUUUAUUAGCAUCCACUUUAUUAUCAUUGGUAAUAAUAAUAUCAUCAUUGAUUAGUGAUGAUAAUUUGGUUAAUUGUGUUGAAAUUGGAAUUGUAAAUCUAAAAGAGUCAAUCAGUGAACUUGAAGAUUAUGUGAAAAAUUUGACUAUCCAAUUGCACCAAACUGAAUUACGAUUAUCUCGAGUAGAAGAUGAUUGUAAAUGUAUCAAUAGUAAUUAUAAGAGUGAGAAUCAAAUUAAACUCCAAUUAGAGGUGGAGAGAGAAAGAGAGAGAGAAGAGAGAAAAGGAGAGAGAGAAAAUUGUUUAUUAUCAAAUGGAUCUAGUGUUGUACAUUCAUCUAAAUGGAUUAGCAAUUGUUCAAAUUGUUUCUGUGAUCAUGGAGUAAUUAAUUGUUCCCCAAUGAAAUGUGAUUCGCCGGUCAAUUGUAAGGCAAGUUCCUUGUAUUUCGCAUCAGCGACUGAUUGUUGUCCAAUUUGUCACAAAAAGUGUCUCAAAGAUGGAAAGUACAUUGAACAUAACGAUGUCUACGUGAAAGACUGUGUCAAGUGCGUUUGUUAUGAAGGGUCACUGCGGUGUAAGAGGUUGAAUCCAUUGAGUUAUUGUCCACGAUUAGAGUGUCCAGUUGAGAAGCAGUUCAAGGCUGAUGGUGAAUGUUGCAAGUAUUGUGUGGACACCGAUUUCUGUGGCAAUGGACACGAUUGUCAUUCUAAUGCGAAUUGUAUCAAUUUAAAGACUGGAUUCACCUGUAAAUGUGCCGAUGGGUAUUGGGGAGACGGACGAUUGUGUUCUGAUAUAAACGAAUGCAAUUCAUUGGGUGGAAUGGGAGGAAAUCUAUGUAGAGAUAAUACUAAAUGUGUCAAUACAAAUGGUUCCUAUUAUUGUCAAUGUUUACCUGGAUUCCGACGACGAGAUUCACUUAAUUGUCUUGAUAUUGAUGAAUGUGCGACAAAUGAACACAAAUGCAAUGAAAAUAGUAAAUGUAUCAACACUCAUGGUAAUUAUUCGUGUUUAUGUUUACAUGGAUUCACUGGCGAUGGUUUUAAUUGUCAACCGAUCUGUAAUAAGAAAUGUGCCAAUGGUGGUAAAUGUAUUGGACCAGAUAAAUGUCUUUGUAAACGAGGAUUUCAUGGGAAAUAUUGUGAAAAAGAUAUCGAUGAAUGUUCAUUGAAUUUACAUGAAUGUCCAUCCAAUUCAAAGUGUAUCAAUAAACCGGGUUGGUAUUAUUGUCAAUGUUUAGAUGGUUAUACAAGUUACAUAGACAAAAGUGAUUCUAAUCAUGAUCAACUGAAAUGCGUUGAUUUAAAUGAAUGUAAUACAAGAGUAGAUACUUGUAAUGAGGAAAGAAUAUGUGUCAAUACUGAAGGUGGAUAUGAAUGUCAAUGUCCAUCUUCAUCUUCUUCCUCAUCACCUUCAUCUUCUUCAUCUUCUUCUCUGGACUCUUCAUGUUCAAGAGAUUGUGUUGUCAAUGGAUUAAGACGAUUACAUGGAUCUAAAUGGGAUUCAGAGUUUGAUUCUUGUUUCCAAUGUUCAUGUUCAUUUGGAGUAACUAAUUGUUCAAAAAGACAAUGUAAUUGUAAUUCAACAACAACAACAACAAAUGAUUCAAUUGAUUUUAAUUGUUGUCCUGAGUGUAAAAAGUCAAUUGAUUGUGUUGAUCAAUUGGACGAAACAAUUAAAUAUAAAAAUGGACAAACUUGGUUAUCCAAAUGUAAAUCCUGUCAAUGUUUGUUUGGUGAAUCAAAAUGUCGCGAUAUUGAUUGUCCACCAAUAAAAUGCUCAAAUCCAAUUAAAUCUGCUGAUGAUUGUUGCCCUUAUUGUGGUGAUGAUCCUUGUGGUGAUUAUAUUGAUGGUUUAGAUAAUCACAAUUCAUUUGACAAUCUAAUCAAACCUGGAAUCUCAAUUAACUCAAGUCUAUCAUCUGGUUGUAUGUAUCUUGGUAAAUUAUAUGCAAAUGAUCAACAAAUUGUAAUUGGAAAAGAUCCUUGUGCUAAUUGUAAAUGUAAGUUAACAUCCAGUCAACAAUCAGCUCAAACAAUUAAUCAAUUAACCUCAUCAUCAGCAUCGUCAUUUAUGAGAUAUGAAAAUAAUAAUAAUAAUAAUUAUCAUGGAAUGGUCGAUUAUGUUGUACAUAUAACACUCGUUGUAUCGCUAAUUUAUCAACAUCUUCAACCAAUUUGAACACAAUCAACUCAAUAGAUUCAAAUUAAAUCACCUAUUCAAAAAUGAACCAAUCAAUUUCUCAUCGAUUGAUUAUCAAUAAUUAUCAAUCAUCAACUCAUUCAAUUUGUUGCCGACUCAUCUGGUUUUAACCCUGUUGAUCAAUUCAAACAAAGCAAUUCAACAAUUAGUGCUGAUGGUGACAAGAAAAAAAAACAGUUAAUUGUUACAAUUAAAAUCUUAUUGAGGUCGCACAAAAGUCAACAAUCAAGGACAAGGAAACCAAUCAAAAAAUGAAACAAGUUACACAGCAACACAACUACAAAUUGCAUUAAUUGUGCAAUUUAAAAAUCUAAUUUAUUAAUUAAUUUAAUUUCUAAUUGUUUACUGUACAUAAGCCAAAAA